AUGAUUAUGCCUACAGGCUUCAGCUCACUCAUAGCUUCCCAUGAACAUCACUGCACGCCCUCUCAGGAGAUGCGACCUCCAGUUCUCAAACUGGGUAAUGAACUAGCUCGUCUCCGUGUUCCGUUUACUACAUGCGCAGCUAUAGUUCUAAGACUACGACAGACGAGCACCCCUCCCGAAGAUCAUCACUCCAUUCCAAUACUGCCGUCUGGCUUUGGAGCAGGCUCAUUGCUUAGUGUCAUACUCCACUAUUCAUGGGCUCGUAUCCACAAGGGCUCAGGAUAUCGCCGCCGCCACAUCGCAAGUUCAUUACGCUACAAGCUCUAUUUCACGACGUUCGCGACUUGGCAGAUCGAAUCCCGCGAGGAGGUAGCGCACUCAACCUUCGUGGGGAGUACCCUUUCACCAGAUGUCCAAUGGCGUGCGAGGGAUGAGUGGGAACCAUCGUUUUUUGUCCCUGGCACAUCUCGGUAG